AUUGGCCGGGUAAACCCGAGGCUAUGACGUCACAAUUUAUCGCGAGAUCCUCCGGCGCUGUGUCUUGCUUUUACUCCUCCUGUGACAGCGAGAUCUUUCGAGAUCUUCCAGGGUUCCAUUCAUCUCCCCUUGCAGGAGUGUAGUGCGGCCGCUCAGCCGUUUCCCCUCCCCGUCUUGUGCGCUGCCAGUGUCCCCAGCUGCAGUCAUGUCUGUGGUGGGCAUCGACCUGGGCUUCCAGAGCUGCUACGUUGCGGUGGCCAGAGCCGGAGGGAUCGAGACUGUGGCCAAUGAGUACAGCGACCGCAGUACCCCGUCAUGCAUUUCAUUCGGCCCUAAAAGCAGAUCUAUUGGAGCGGCAGCAAAAAGCCAAAUUAUUUCCAAUGCAAAGAACACGCUGCAAGGCUUCAAGAGGUUUCAUGGGCGAGCUUAUACAGACCCAUUUGUGCAGGCGGAGAAGCCUGGUUUGGCCUGUGAGCUUGUUGAGCUGCCAAUGGGUUCCGCUGGUAUCAAGGUCAUGUACUUGGAGGAGGAGAGGAGCUUUACUACUGAGCAGGUGACUUCCAUGCUACUGAGCAAACUUAAAGAGACUGCAGAGAGUGCAUUGAAGAAGCCUGUAGUAGACUGUGUUGUUGCAGUUCCAUGCUUCUUCACUGAUGCAGAGAGAAGGUCUGUAUUGGAUGCCACACAGAUCGCCGGGCUCAACUGUCUACGACUAAUUAAUGAAACUACUGCAGUGGCACUUGCAUAUGGAAUCUAUAAACAAGAUCUACCUGCACCAGAAGAAAAGCCAAGGCUUGUUGUGUUUGUGGACAUGGGGCAUUCAGCAUAUCAAGUCUCUGUGUGUGCUUUUAACAAAGGAAAACUUAAAGUACUAGCUACUUCCUUUGACCCAAAUGUCGGCGGAAGGAAAUUUGAUGAUGUUCUGGUUGCCUAUUUCUGUGAAGAGUUCGGCAAGAAAUAUAAACUGGAUAUCAAGUCUAAGAUUAGGCCUUUACUGCGACUCGCUCAGGAGUGUGAAAAGCUCAAGAAGUUGAUGAGUGCAAAUGCUUCAGAUCUGCCUCUAAAUAUUGAAUGUUUUAUGAAUGAUAUUGAUGUCUCUGGAAAAAUGAACAGGGGUCACUUUGAAGAAAUGUGCGAUAGCCUGUUGUCUCGAAUUGAAGGUCCUCUACGCAGCAUCUUGGAACAAACCAAGCUCAAGAAAGAAGAUAUUUAUGCAGUAGAAAUAGUUGGGGGUGCUACACGUAUCCCAGCUGUUAAAGAACGAAUAAUACGAUUCUUUGGUAAGGAAGUCAGCACAACAUUGAAUGCUGAUGAAGCUGUAGCUAGGGGCUGUGCAUUACAGGUAAGGGGCCUGGUAAUUAAAUACGUUCUGCGUGACAGAAUUGAUGUGAUGCAUGUUCAAUACCCAAUAUCUCUAAAAUGGAAUUCUCCAGCAGAGGAAGGGCUUAGUGAUUGCGAGGUGUUCCCCAAGAACCACGCAGCUCCUUUCUCCAAAGUGCUGACCUUUUACAGGAAAGAACCUUUUACUUUGGAUGCUUACUAUAGUGCACCCAAAGAACUGCCCUACCCAGACCCCUCAUUAGGUCAGUUCCAUGUACAGAAGGUUACUCCUCAGGCCGAUGGCUCCAGUUCCAAAGUGAAGGUGAAAGUCCGUGUAAAUGUCCAUGGUAUAUUUAGUGUAUCGAGUGCAUCUCUGGUUGAAGUUCAUAAAACAGACGAUUCUGAGGAACCUAUGGAAACUGACCAGGCUGCAAAAGAUGAAGAGAAAAUGCAAGUUGAUCAAGAGGAGCCUAAAUCAGAAGAAGCUCCGCCCACACAAGCAGAAACUAAGUCUAAUACAGAAGAAAUGGAGACUUCACAAGGCGCACCUAAAGACAAGAAGACGGAUCACCCUCCACAAGCCAAGAAGGCCAAAGUGAAGACUAGCACGAUUGAGCUACCUAUUGAUCACUACCCUCCAUGGCAGAUAGGGCGAGAUAUGUUGAACUUGUUUGUGGAAAAUGAGGGAAAGAUGAUUAUGCAGGAUAAACUUGAGAAGGAGCGAAAUGAUGCCAAGAAUGCUGUCGAAGAAUAUGUAUAUGAAAUGAGGGACAAGCUGUGCGGCAUUUAUGAGAAAUUUGUCAAUGAAGAUGACCGAAACAGUUUUAUCCUGAAGCUUGAGGAUACAGAGAAUUGGCUGUAUGAGGAUGGAGAGGAUCAGUCGAAACAAGUGUAUAUAGACAAGUUUACAGACUUAAAGAACUUGGGCCAACCUAUACAAGCACGUUACCUAGAGUUUGAGGAGAGACCAAAAGCCUUUGAUGAGCUUGGCAAACAAAUUCAACUUUAUAUGAAAGUUAUUCAUGCCUUCAAAAACAAGGAAGAGGCAUACGACCACCUUGAGCCUGCUGAUGUGGAGAAAGUUGAAAAGUCUAUAAAUGAAGGCAUGGAGUGGAUGAACAACAAAAUGAAUUUACAGAUGAAGCAGAAUCUUACUGCAGAUCCUGUCAUCAAAACAAAGGAUAUCCAAGCUAAAACAAAAGAAUUGAUGAACACAUGUAACCCUAUAGUCUGCAAACCGAAACCCAAGGUGGAGCCCCCAAAAGAGGAGCAGCAAGCAGGGGAGCAGAAUGGACCAGUAGAAAGUAACACAAAUGGCCAAGGGCCACCGGCUGCAGAGCAGAGUUCAGAUUCAGCUGCCUCUGAAGCAGAGAAGAAACUCCCGGAGAUGGACAUUGAAUAAAUUCCAUGAUCUAUUUCUAUUCUAAAACAGUAUAACAAAGCUUUAAGUUGUUACCUUCAUACAGCUCAAAAUACCGAUCAGAGAAAAGUGAUGACUGCAAAUUACUUGUAGUUUCUUAGUCAGCCCCUGUAUUUCCUGCAUUUUUCUACACCCUUUGACAUGAAUUGUUUUGAUUUUGUCUCUUAUGAUUUUUUAUUUUGUUACUUUGCAGCAAUUCCUCAUUGUUGCAGUUUUAGCGAUGGCUGUAACUUGCACAUUAACUAGUAGGCUUUUGUCUGGAGUUACGCCAGGUCUGUAGCUUACUUGAGUAGUAUUCAAGGUCUACAAAUGGCUGAAUUGCUUUGGAACAAGCACUUACUCCAACUAUAGCAACAUCUUUUUGUGUUUCUGAGCAGAUUUUGAAAUCUUGCUUUUGCAUCUAUUUCUGUGCACUGCAUUUCCGCCCCACUGGCAGCUGGUUAAUGGCCGCAAGCUCAUCCUUUUGCAUGGAAGCCCAGUUGCUUCAUGGGGCUAGCAAGAAAUAGGAGUGUUUUAAACCCAGCAUUAGCCACUGUCUCUGUUUUCCCUAAAGGACUGGAUUAGCUUUAUCCAU